AUGGUCACCGGCGAAGGCGUGCGGUGCCGCGCAGCGCGUGCUUGCCGGAGGUGCCAUGUCAAGAGAAUCAAGUGCGAUGCCAUUGAGGGUGGCAUGCCCUGCACAGGAUGUCAACAGGCCGAUAACAGUGAAUGUACAUUGAUGCCAUCGAACAGAGGUACGUACAUUCGAACGGCCUCCCGACGAGCGAGGCAUCAACCAGCGCAAAGGGUGCGGUCCGCAGUUCCUCGCAGUACGGCGGUGUCUCGCGAUCAAGAUUACCAACGAUCGAUCGCGCCCGAAGAAGCAACGACCGAAGAACAGUACGAAGAUCACCACCAACCUACACGGAACCCCGACUCAACGGCGCCAGGGACCGCGGGGUUGCGAGGAGCAAAUCGUGGUGCCGGCAGAGGUCGAGACUCUGUAGCAUCGCCAACGGACCGUCGUGUCACUUCACCCGCAUCUGGGGCCGAGGCCACCACCUCACCAAUGUUGGACCUCGCGACGACAGAUCCGGAUUCCGCUCAUCGGGAGCCUUCCUGGACCACAAUGUUUGACAGGCUCUUUGACAAUCUGUCACAUAACCAGAAGGCGGCGCUCGACAAAUGUUCCAUCACGUAUUUGGGCGAGUCAUUCCCAUUGGGCAUGGUCCUGGAAGAGGUGAAUGAAGGGGGACGAACACGCCUCCAUCACCCCGGACCUCCCGUGUCCGAACCCUCGGUGGUAGAAGAGCCAUCGGGACAGCGACACCCCUCGCAUAUGCGGCCAGAAGAUAUCACAUACCUCAAGUCGAAAGGGGCAUUCACAUUCCCCGACGCCGACAUGCUCGAUGCAUUGGUGGCGACCUACUUGGGACGCGUUCAUCCUCUGUAUCCAAUAGUGAAUCGACAAGAAUUCAUACGACAGUAUGAGGCCGAUGAGGUCCCGGCCAUGCUGCUGCAUGCCAUCUGCUCGAUCGCUGCCACAUUCUGCGACCUUGCGCUCAUCCACCGCGCCGGAUUCCUCUCGCGGCUUGAUGCGAGGUUGGCAUCCUACCGCAAAGCCAAGGUGCUCUUUGAAGUCGGCUACGAAACGGACAAGAUUGUGCAGCUCCAGAGCGCCGUCUACAUGACCUUUUGGGGAGGCGGCCCGCUCAACCAUUGGAACUAUUUCAGCUGGAUUGGCACGGCCGUCACCAUCGCAGAGUCGCUGGGGAUUCACCGGUCAAUGGCCAAUGCCGACAUGGACGUUUCUGACCGCAGUCUCUUGAAGAGACUGUGGUGGACGCUCGUCAACCGGGACGCACACUGCCAAAGCCUGGUCGGGCGCCCAUUCCGCAUCAACCAAGACCAGGUGGACAUCGAGCCCUUGCUGAUGGAGGAUUUUGAGGAGGACAUGCAAAGCCCCGAGUUCAAGUCGCACCCGUUACGAGACUCGUUCGGGCUCUACCAGAUCCAUAUGUCUCGACUGUCGCUCAUCCUCAAGGACAUUGUAAACACUCGCUUUCGGCCCGGCCGACUGCAGUCGAGAGCUGCCCAUCUGUACGAGAAACUGCGGCGCUGGCGGCACGAGUUGCCCACGGAACUUCAGUGGGUGGACGGCGACGCGAACCUCGACGUCUUUGCGUUGUGCCUCUGCACAUCCUACAACCAUCAUUUGAUACUCCUCCACCAAGACCAGCCGCCCAUGGGCGGUGUUGGUUUGGCGUCUACUUCUACCCAAGAAAAUUCCUUGCUGUUGAAAAGGUCAAUCCCUGCGCCGGAGAUCGCGGCCAGGAACGUUACGUGCCUCGUGUACACGAUCUACGCCAAGUCAAACCCGCUGUGCAUCCCGCAUGAAACGUUCCAGGGCGUGUUCCUGGCCGAGGCCGUCAUGUUUACCCAGAUGAAGACCUCUGACCCGAUGACCGCCCAGCACGGCAGAGCCGCGUUGUCGGCCUGUCAGAUGCUGUGGCACACCGUCCUCGAAACCUGGGACGCGUCGCCGUGGAUUCUCCGUUUGUUCGACCAUCUGGUCGGCCGCCUUGGCCUUCCAAGCGACAGGCAGAACGACGCUGGCUGGGCACCGACGAUGACGGCGGCGGCGACGGGAGAGUCCUCUGCCGACGCGCUACACCCCGACGAGUUUGUCGAUGACUUUGGAGACGCUCUUCCAACCCUCUCCACGUUUCUCGACAUGACGCAGGACGGCGGCGCCUUGUCGAAUUUUGUAGAUUUCCCCAUGUUUUCAGGGUCUUUUGGCAUGGCGGAUCAGAGUCUGGGGAUGCCAUAG